AUGCCUCCUGAAGUCGCCCCUAGACGUCGAAGACCUCCCCCCAUCCCAGCCCAACUUCUAGUAAGAGUGACAAAUCCGCGGCUUCGUCAGAUAUUACAAGUUAGCGUUAUGUUUUUUGCGCCUACAGAUCAUAAUUCUGUCUCUGGGCCCUGGCAAGUUCAUCACGUGCCUCCCCCACCAGAAGACCAUGUGUAUCUCUUCACCGCAGUUCUCGAUCUUUUAGAUGAAGAUGGGUACGAAGAAACGUGGGCUGAAUAUUUUAUUGGUGAACCUGCAUCUUCUCAUCCCCAUAUAAACUUAAGGCAUGCCAGCGGCAGAGAUUUGAAUUUGGUCAUCACGGUUCCAGGGACCUACAGGUUGACUGUUUCCGUCACAUUGGACACAACUGUUCCCAAUUUCAGCAACGGCGACAUGACUGGUGAAUUUAUAUUUCAUGUGGGAGCACCUUUGAAUCGGGAUUCCUCAGAGGCGGUGGCCCACAUAGGCUUUCAUACAUCUCAAUGUUCACCAUGA